CAUCAAGUUUUUGCGAGAGACGGAAUACUGUGGUCGAAACCUUGCCUUUUUACGACCAUAUCUCUCCGAGAUGCAGAACACAUCUGGAGUCGUUUUGAUGUCCUACUCAGCAUUCAAAAGUAAUCCUCCAAACGAAUUUAAAGUGAACAAAGAAGGCUCUGAUAGCAUACGUCUUCCCAAUAACUCUCUCGUCACGAUCAUAAGCGACAAGGAAGAAUUCACCAACACAGCAAAGACUAACGUAGUGAAGACAAUAGGUGAUCUGGAAGCUUUUCGCAGUCAAAUCCUCAACCGCCCCCUCUUACUGCUAGUUACUUGUGGAAAACACGUUCCACACGGGCAAAGGUUGAACAACAGGGGAGAGUACCUCAGUUAUCGAGACCCCGAGUGGUGGAUACAGUCGAACAACACACCCUGGCGGAAUCCGUAUGCCCGAUGGGGGAACGAAAACGGCACAUCCCUGUACGAAGAGCGAUAUAUUCGACCGGAGUUUGUUGUCAGCGUGGAUACAUCUAAUCCCAACAUUAGGCGUUUGUUAGAGGAUGGGCUAGACAUGGCUGAAGACAUGAUACGAGAAAAAGCUAGUUUUGCCAUAGAGUUUGAUUUUAACCCCAUGAUUCUCCGCUGGUGGAAGACGCAAGGCAUUAAACGUUACGACUCAUUGGAAUGUCUCGAGAUGACAGCAGCUGCUGGAGCAAAUUUUGUGAUAACAAACUGUUCUGCUAUCAAUCAUUUCUUCGACUGCCAUCCAGCCUGGUGCGCUUGUUGGCCUUGCUACCUUUUGUUGGCAGUUCCGUACAAGUUAUGGCGUAACGCAGUUCAAGGAAUUCGUGACACUUCUGUCACAAUGGAAGGAAAUGCCGUCUCCUCGAGUCCAGGCCACUUCAACUACGGCUUGAUCGAUCUUCACCAGUUCCCCGUGAACAGUAAUCAGCCGGGCGCUGGAGUAGGAGGCAUGACAUCGAGUCUUGUACCCGGGAUGGCUCAUGGGAUUGCUUCUCACACUUUCUUUCCUCCUCCCUCCUUACAUGGAACGCUGGGAAAUCCCCGGUUUAAGACAAACUAGUCAUUAGGGAGCCUGUAUACUUUUGAAUAAUGAUCUAUUGAUGUAAAUAUCCGAUAAUUCAACAUAGUGUUUAACUAUCAGAAUUCAUUAUACGGACACAGAAUUAAACACUCAUGUUAUUCUGAACUGGCAUUAAAAUAUUUUCAAGUAAAUUA